GUGGCUUUCAGUGUAUUCAGUGCAGUCGUCUCGUUCGGUUCGUUCUCACGGUGAAAAGCGGUGGAAGUGGAAGGUCCUGUUCGGAGGACAACCUCAAUACGCCACUCACACACGCACAAGUGGGCCCACACACACGGACACGGGUGCGGUAGCCGAAAGUAAAAGUUGUUCAAUGUGCAAUAACGGUAAAUAAUAAAUGAGCCAAUAAGAUGUUACGACUUUCCCUCAUCUGAACUUUUGCUUUUGAACUUGUUUUUUCUUUCGUGUCCCCCUUUGGGCCCAUAAAUUAGGGCCGCAUUCUGCUUAACCAGAAAUAUUUGCAUAAAAGGGGGAAAAGGGCGAGAAAUGGUUUAAAUACGGGAUUCACACGGCUGAGAUAUCCAACACAUGAAAAAAGGAGACCAAUAAAACAACUUUACAGAGACUGUUGGGGGGUGUUAGCCCAAAGAUUAAAAACCCUUUUUUCUGUGGCAGAUAAAAAAACGUGAUAAUAAAAACAGAGAAAAUUUCAAGCUUGGUAAUGCUCGGGUCCCAAAACUUUUGACUGAGCCUAAAUUCAAUUAAAAUUUAUUCAAUCAACCAAAAGCCACCACAAAUCAGGAACAAAGGACAAACAUCGGGUCAGCUGAAUCCUGGCAUCCUGCAAUCCUGGAUGGACAGCAAUCGGCUAAUGAAGAUGAAGUGAAAUUGUGUUCGAGCCGAAAUUAAAUAGAAUAUAAAUCGCCGGAAAAAUGGCGGCGAUUUGUCAACCUCUUUCGAGCAGAACAAAUGCAAAGUAGUUUUACAACUAACAGAAGGAUAAGGCCAUAUCCUAGCGGGAAAUUCGAAAGUGGAUUUUUCUUCUUUUGGCUUGUUGUAGCGGAAAUUUCACGCAUCGCGGCGGAAUGAUGAUGACGGCAGGCGCUAAUAAGGCCGCCCCCAACCACGCCUCCCAGUUAUUCCGCAAACACAUUUUCAAAUAGGUUUCCGAGGAAAACGGAGAAAACAGAAAAAAAGGGCAAACCCAAAGGGAGCGUCGGGGUGGCACCACGCUCGCAAGUGAAAUAUUAUGGCAACUUUUCAAAUGGAAAUGCGCCAGCAGCAGCAGCAGCAGCAGCAGCAACGAACGAAUUUAAAGCAACGAGCAACGGCAGCGGCGACAUCCAAAGCCAGGCGACAACGACAACAUCUAGAGCUGGAGCCCUCAGACCCACCACAAUUCAGCACAGAUUGCAUAAGACUUUGGCCAGGAAGUUGCUCCUCCAACGCUGACGGGGUCACCAUCAAUCCACUCACCUGCAACACCACCAGCAGCAGCAGCAACAUCAGCGGACCCAGCAGCAACAUCAUCAGCCAAGUGGACUGCUGCAGCCGCCAAAAAGCGCUGAUAAUGCUCAGCAUGCUCGUCGUCGUCAUCGCUCUGAUAUCUGGGAACGGAGUUUCCGCCGCUCAGCGUGACUCGUACAAAUCGAAGGAUAUGAGCAGCAGUAAUAAUGCCCUGCCCAACGAAGGAGUGGGAGGAUCCCCCGCCGGAGCGGAAGGGGCCGCUGCUCCCACUGGUGUCGCCGGAAGCGGAAGCGGCAACAAUAGCAGCGGAAAUAACAAAAAUGGCCAGGCAUCUGUCGGAUCGGAUCGCCCAGUCUCAGAAUCCGGCGCGAUGACGACCGAUGCCAUUCGGAGCAGCUCGAUGGGCAGCUCCACCACCGUCACGGGCAUCCCCAGCAGCAGUCUGCACAAGGCCAGCAGUGCCAGCAGCAACACGUUCUCCUCGCAGAUUGCAUCCGGCUUCCACCGCAACAGCAUCGACCUGCUGGAGGAGGCCCGCAAUGCGGGUCCCUACUUUGACAAGGCCUUCUCCAAGAAUGUCACGGCCCUGCUGGGCAAGACGGCCUAUUUGAACUGCCGCGUCAAGAAUCUGGGCAACAAGACGAUGUUACUUCAGGUGUCGUGGGUGCGACAUCGGGAUAUACAUUUGCUCACAGUUGGCCGAUACACAUACACAUCGGAUCAGCGUUUUCGAGCUAUUCAUCAGCCGCAAACCGAAGACUGGAUGCUGCAAAUUAAAUACCCGCAACAUCGGGAUUCCGGCAUUUACGAGUGCCAGGUAUCAACCACACCCCAUAUGAGUCACUACAUUCAUCUAAAUGUCGUUGAACCUUCAACAGAAAUCAUCGGGGCACCCGAUUUGUAUAUAGAAAGUGGUUCCACUAUAAAUCUUACCUGCAUCAUACAAAAUUCACCGGAGCCGCCAGCCUAUAUUUUCUGGAAUCAUAAUAAUGCUUUUCCCUCUCAUCCGCAGAUUAUCAACUAUGAUUCGCCGCGUGGAGGAGUCUCCGUGGUCACCAAUAAAGGCGACACCACCACAUCGUUCCUCCUAAUUAAAUCGGCGCGUCCGUCGGAUUCGGGGCAUUAUCAGUGUAAUCCAUCAAAUGCGAAGCCCAAGAGCGUUACGGUACAUGUGCUCAAUGGUGUUUCCCAUUCCGUUUCCAGGGGAGUUCCCAGCAGCAAUGCAGCACGCGGCACCAGUGCAUCCUCGCCACUCGCCCACUCGCUGUCUGUUUGUGUACCUGUUUGUGUGCUUCUGCAGCUGGGCGCUUGCAGGUGGAUCGCUGCGCUCCUGGGCGCCGCUCUUGCCACUCCCCCUGAAACGUCAGGGUGUUCGCCCCUCUUCGGCGAUAUGCGGCAUUUCCUCACGAGCGUUUUGAGGUGGCGUUGGCGAUGGCGAUGGUGUUGGCGCUGGCAUUGGAAAAGCACAAAGCAGCAGCAACAUCAGCAGGCGCAACUGCAACAACAUAAGCUGGCGCAGCAGCAACAUCGGCUACUUAAACUACAAUCAAGAAUGGAGGCGGCAACGUGUAGGCAACUUUUCGAGGCGGACAUAAGGUGAGCUCACCGCCCAACACCCUCCUCAAGGCCACUCUAAACUCAACCGUAAGCUGUAACUAUAAUAACUAUAACUGAUAUAACAUUAAACAAAUCUAAUGGCUAUUGCGUUUUUCUAUGAAUCAGCGACGUAUACGUAAUAUUUAGCACAAUAUAUGAUAUACCUUAUUAUAGAUAAAACCGAAAUCAAGCCAAGUUGUCGCCUUUAUUUAUGUACGACUUUGUAUCAUACAAUGAAGCUAUCUAAGUCUUUGGUUCCCUUUAAAUUGGAAAUUGUGUAAAUAGGCUGCAUAGCAUACCUAGAGGCGCUUUUUUCGAUCGACUCUCUCCAACCUUUGUAACUUUUAUAGCCGAAACUUAAGCAGAAAGAACUCCUUCAAAAAGCUGCUCAACACUGAAUUAAAUACGAAAACAACAAGCAAAAGAAAAUAUUUUCUAGCAAAUACCCGAACAGCAAACGCUUCUCGACUGCCACUUCGCGACGGUUCCCUCUAAGGCAAAGGGAAUUUUCAUUUGCAUUUUGCGAAAUCCUAAUAGACAGAUAAAUGUUCAACCGAAAGGCAAUUAGCAAACGCAAACUAAAAACGUUCAACUUCAAGUAAAGGCUAUAGAAAUAACAAAAAAAAGAAACCUAGAAAUUAAAGCGAAAAAAACUGUGUAAAAUAUAAAAGAAACUUAAGCCCAAAAGGGGAAAUUUAGCUACAAGUUAAAGCAAGAUAAAAAAAGAGGAAAAGCAGAACUCGUUGAGGGGAGAUUUUUUCUUUUGGCUGCAUCUGAAUGGUUAGAAAUUAAGUCAUAGAAUAUAUGAAAUGAGAAACCCUCGAAUAAGUUGUUUCGUUUCGUUCUUGUGGAAUGUACAAAUUAAAUAAAUGUAAGCAUUACCAAACGUGCAGAGGGGACGGUUUGAAAUUAAAAUACAAUCGGCAUAGAUGGAAAAUUGUUGCACAUUUCAUAAAUUUAUUUGUUGUUACUCAAUGCGAACUAAAAUUAGACAAGUGUUAAAAACCAAAAUGAUUAAGAGAUAUUGAAAAAAGCUCUGGGUAACCCGUAUUUUGUAAAUGACUACAAUGUUGAAUUUCUAUGAUUAUUCUGAAGUUUUAAAAAUGUGUUUUUCCAUCCAGACUUCACAGGUUUAUUUUCCAUUUCACAUUUCUAUUUUGGUUUGGGCCAUUUAAGAAUUUUAAGCUUUUGUCUGGCUUAUUUCUGUCAUUACACUUUGCCAUAGAGCACAUAGAGCUAACCAAACAAAAUAAAAAUUAAUGCAAAAUAAAUCCAACGUUACAGUGAAAACCAAAAAAUAUUGAUAGAAAUUAAAACAAAAGGGAAAAGUUUCAUUAAUCAAGCUAAGCAGUAAGCAAAAAUAAAAACUAAACAAAGAUAACUGACAAAAACUAUUGAAACACAGCAUGGGUAUUCAUAUGCUUAACCAAAUCCCGAAAAAAUUUUUUUCAAUUACCAUGUAAAAUAUCAACAAAUACACGUUCAAUAUCUAUUCAUAUGAAAUUUCAUGCGAGUAAUUUCUCUGUAAAUUGUGCAGGCUACGGAAACGGGAAAAACGAAUUCAAAUUAGAAUUCGAUUGUGUUCGAUGAGUCGUUUUAUUGUUAUUCGAUACUUAUUGAAAAAAAUUGUCAACUCUUGAUUAUCGUCAAUCAAAUGCACGUACAAAUUCCUUUGUGUCAUGUGAAAUAUUCAAGGUAUUUUCAUAUCACUCUGCUCCAUAAAAUUCUGUCUAAAAUUACCAUUUCAAUAACCAUUUCAAAUGGUGACAAAUUCUUGAGAUACUUUAAGUCUAAGCCAACAAAAAAAUUUACAAAAAUGAAAUAAAAACUAAAAGAACGCAUAAAACUGAAGCAAAUAUUGUAUAUGUAAAUGUGUAUUUAUAAAAUUAUUAUAUAAAGAAUAUAUAUAUAUAUAUAUAUAUAUACAUUAAAGAAACCUAGUUUAUUAACACAGAAAACCGAAAAAACUGAAUCAACAAUGUUAUAAAAGCUAAAAAAAAUAAUAUAACAUUUGAAAGUAACCUUCAAUUAAAUAUGAGCCACUGAAAAAUAUGAUAAACCGAAAAAGGAUAGGAAAGAAACUGAAGUAAAACAGAAAUCUUUUAAACGUGUAAGAAUUCAAAAUGUGCAAAAAACGAAUGAAUGAAUGAGAAAAGUGGAAAUAAAAGGAUAAACUGAAAAAAGUAAACCAAAAGAAAACUAAAGCAUAUUAUGUCAACUGUUAA